UUGUGUGUCGCUGGUGGCGAAUACCAAUUUCGUUUUGGCGUCGAGGAAAUUAUUUAUCGAGACUCCACCGUCAUAGGUGGCUGCUUUUCUAAAAAAAGAUUAUAUAGAACGGUGCAACAAUGGCGAAAGUAGCCCACUAUAACUAAUGAUAUCUUCCAUUUCAAAAUCGCACACUAAAUUUCUUACCAAUCAUUUCAUCUCUCCGCUCCCACAGUUCACUUUUAACCAGCGAUCUCUUCAAAUGGCUCGUUCUGCAUUAGAUGAAAUGUCGGAUUCUGGUGCCUUUAUCAGAAGCCCUUCAACAUUUCGUAGUUUCAUAUCACGGGAUCCCAAGUCCACUUUUCCAGCUGAGCCUGGAAGAUAUCAUUUAUAUGUGUCUUAUGCUUGCCCUUGGGCCUCUAGGUGCCUUUCCUACUUGAAGAUCAAAGGACUUGACAAGUCCAUCGGUUUCACGUCAGUAAAACCCAUAUGGGAGAGAACAAAGGAAAGCGAUGAGCACAUGGGAUGGGUCUUUCCUGAUACCGAAACAGAGCAACAAGGGGCAGAACCCGACCCUUUCAAUGGUGUAAAAAGCAUAAGAGCAUUAUACGAGCUUGCCAGUGAAAACUACUCUGGAAAAUACACAGUUCCUGUUCUCUGGGACAAGAAACUAAAGACUAUUGUGAAUAAUGAAAGUGAGGAGAUCAUUCGCAUGUUCAAUACUGAAUUCAAUGAAAUAGCAGAGAAUCCAUCCUUGGAUCUUUACCCUUCUCAUUUACAAAGCCAAAUCAAUGAGUUAAAUGGUUGGAUAUAUAGCGGGAUAAACAAUGGUGUUUACAAAUGUGGAUUUGCUAAGAAGCAAGGGCCUUAUGAGGAGGCUGCUAAACAGUUAUACGAAGCUUUGGACAAAUGUGAAGAAAUACUUGGAAAACAACGAUACUUAUGUGGGAACUCUGUAACAGAGGCGGAUAUUCGUCUUUUUGUGACUCUCAUAAGGUUUGAUGAGGUUUAUGCGGUUCACUUUAAGUGCAACAAGAAGCUACUACGCGAGUAUCCGAAUCUUUUCAACUAUACAAAAGAUUUGUUCCAAAUACAGGGAAUGAGUAGCACAGUUAACAUGGAACAUAUCAAGAAACAUUACUAUGGAAGUCAUCCUUCCAUUAACCCAUUUGGGAUUGUCCCCCUUGGCCCAGAUAUUGACUAUCUUUCGCCUCACGAUAGAAACCGCUUUUCUAGCUGAAUACUGUAUAUGCCUUAACAGUAAGGAGGUGAAAAUCCAUAAAUGAAGUCUCGGGUUUCAAGUUUAAGUUUGGGUGUCACCUUUUGUGGGACCCAUUGGUGGAGUAAGGUACCUAGGGGUGUGAUGUUUACUUUUUUUUUCUUUCAUGUGUGGUGUUAUGUUAUGUGUGAUUCUCUUUUGUUGCAAGAAGCCAAGAAAUGUUAUUUUUUUUUUGUUAUAUGGAGAGUUUGAGUGUGCUA